AUGAAAAUUAUACAAUUUGUGCAUUUAAACGUAAUCGGUUUGAUAGUGACAUUGACAGCCGUACAAGGAUAUGGUUAUCGUAGUUACGAUGUAACCAGUAAUAAGAAAACCAAAUGCCUGAAUCCGCCACGUACUGCCAGAAGAGUGGAAAAUUUCAUUAAAGAAUGUCAAGAAGAGGUUAAAAAUAAAUUAGUCUUGGAGGCCUUUCAUAUACUCAAACAAGAGGUGCAUAAAACUCAUCCGCCCAUCAAUCCCAACGAUGACAGUAUUGAUUUAAUUGAAACUGCUGAAUCGCCAGCAGCAACUCAUACCGAAUCAUCAUGGACAGAAUCGUCAUCAUCCUCUCAGGACGAAGAAGAAGGUGUUAUUAUACUUGGUAAUGGUGGUGAUGAUGAGGUGGCGGAAAAUGGUGAUCGUUACGAGUAUUUCAUUGAAGAGAACUCAGCAAAUCCACAAAGACGCAUGAUUCGUUUAUUGAGACGCAUAAGUCGUGUGAGUGAUAUUUCAAAUGGAAUUUAUCAUCCGACAUUGGUACCAUCGGAGGACAAGCGUAUUGCAGGGUGUCUGUUGCAUUGUGUUUAUGCCAAAAAUAAUGCCAUUGAUAAAUUGGGUUGGCCUACUUUAGACGGUUUGGUUGAUUUCUAUUCGGGCGGCGUUAAUGAGCAUGGAUUUUUUAUGGCCACCCUGAGAUCGGUGAAUUUAUGUUUGCGUGCUGUUACCAACAAAUAUCAUGUGGAUCGCAGAAAACUGCCGGAAAAAGGUGAAAGUUGUGACUUGGCUUUUGAUGUUUUCGAUUGCAUCUCAGAUCAAAUAACCGGCUAUUGUUUAGAUCAAUAUAAAUCAUAAGUUUCUUCUUUAUUUAUUUAUAAUUGUAUUUAUUUUGUAAUGUAAAAU